CGCCGUCGCCAAGGGAGAGGGAGAGACAAGGACCGAGGCCGAGCAAGCAACCUCCUCCGCGCGACCCACCCAUGGACCGGCGCCCGCCGCUCGCCGUCUCCCCGCGCCGCCUCCGCCCGCGCCCGCACCGCGUGCCGCGCCCGCCGCUGGUGCCGGCCUCCUCCGUGAAGACGCCGCCAGGGUCGAUGAAGAAGGCGGCGGCCCCGAUGCGCGCCUCCAUCUGCGCGCUCCCGUCGCCGGUCCGCCUCGAGCCGAGCCCCAUGCGCGCCUCCAUCUCCGCGCUCCCGUCGCCAGCCCGCUUCGAGCCGAGCCCGGCGCGCGCGUCCGCGGCCGCGGCGCUCCCGCCCCCGACGCGCGCAAAGCUCGACUUCCCCGCCGCCGAGGCGCCGCCUCCGGCGAGGGCGCCGCCCGGGAAGGAGAACCUCCUCCCCGCCGCGGCGCCGGCGGGGUCCGCGGAGAAGGAGAACCUCCUCCCCGCCGGCGCCGACGCCCACGACGAGCUGGUGGCGCUCAACCUCGCCGCGGUGGCCAGGGCCGCGGGCACGCCGGGCGCCGGCCCGCUCUUCGUGCGCGGCAGGCUCUACGACCUCUACUCUGCGCGCCGCGACGAGCGCCUCAAGCGCAAGCUCGGCUUCCCCUACUACGAGGACUCCGCGUCCCCGGCGCUGGACCCGGAGGCGAUGGCCGAGGACCCCUGCGUCGCCGUCGAGCUGUCGAAGCGCCGCGUCGCCAAGAAGGCCUACGCCACCACUGGCGCCGAGUCCGUCAGGAGGUCCAUGCCGGCCGCCGACUUCGCCACGGGCCGUGCCGGGGGCUUGGGGCCCAGGUCCUCCCUCAGGAGCAGCAAGGAGAUGAAAAAGGCCUCUGCCGCGUCCGGCGCCGUGUCGUUGGCUGUCAAGGAGAGGAGGAUCAACCCCAGGUCGUCCACUCGUAGGAUGUGAUCUCCAGGAGGAUGUGCUCCCUCAGUUGGAUGCGUAAUGUGGAUAUCGUGAUGCGAUCUACCUAUCUAGUAGAUGUCAGUAAGAAAUAUUGGUAGCUAUUGAUAAGAAAUAGCUAUGGAUUAAGUUGCUGGAAAUACUAUUUUGGUGUUUGGAGUUCAUUUGGUGAGAAAUACAGAUGCGUAUUUUGCAAUACAUUGUGGUGAAUAAGUUGAAUCUCACAUUACUGAGCUUUGUUUG